AUGAAUACAGAAGAAGAGAGGAGAAGUAAAUCAAUCAAAGACCGCUCUCUUGCAUCAUCUCUCUCCGUCUCAUCUCCCUCUGAUUGGAAGAUGAUGCUGGUUGAUCUGAGGAACCACGGGAGAUCAACGGAGGUGGAAGGCGUUAACCCUCCUCACGAUCUUGUGAACUCAGCCAAGGAUUUAGCUGAUUUGGUGAAGGCGAACGGGUGGAGUUGGCCUGAUGUGGUGAUUGAACAGCUUUGGGUGUUAGACUCUGUUCCUGGGGAGGUUAAGGAUGAACAAAGUGAUGGUGAAGUUGAGAAAGUUCUAAUGACGUUGCAGAGUUGA